UUUGAAUUAAGCCGCUAAAACCUCAUCAUUCGCUAGUGUCGCUACAGAAUCUUCGUGAGGUGGAUGGAUAAUAGUUCAAUGGUAUCGGUCUUCCGCACUUAUUAAGAAUAUUACACGAGUAGUAUCUAUUAAUAUGUUUCAGUUUGCAGUUUUAAAAAUGUAAUAGAAAUUUUCUAAUUGUUUGGAGCGCUCUAAUGUGAGAUUUCAGAGUCUGUAUAUUCCCUUACAUUUACCAUUUGACGUAUACAGUAUGUUCGUUUGGUCAUAGGAUUUUUGAGGGGUACGGGUGUGAAAGUGGGUUGGAGCUACGUUUGAUUGCAAUUUGUUGGAGCUUUGUUUCAGAGCUAUAUACUUGUUGUUCAUAAUCGAAGUGAAAAGCUAGACAUAAUGUUGGCUUUAAUAAAUCGCAUUUUAGAUUGGUUUAAAAGUUUAUUUUGGAAAGAAGAAAUGGAAUUGACACUUGUAGGUCUACAGUACUCCGGGAAGACUACAUUUGUGAAUGUCAUAGCGUCUGGACAAUUUAGUGAAGAUAUGAUACCCACUGUAGGUUUCAAUAUGAGGAAAAUAACAAAAGGAAAUGUUACAAUCAAAGUGUGGGAUAUUGGAGGACAACCCAGAUUUAGAUCUAUGUGGGAACGGUAUUGCCGAGGAGUAAAUGCUAUUGUGUACAUGGUUGAUGCAGCAGACCCUGAUAAAAUAGAUGCUUCACGUAAUGAGCUACAUACACUUCUAGACAGGCCUCAAUUGCAAGGAAUUCCAGUACUUGUCCUUGGUAAUAAACGUGAUCUUCCUCAUGCCCUUGAUGAAACUGGAUUGAUUGAAAGACUGAAUCUUUCUGUCAUCAAGGAUCGGGAAAUCUGCUGUUUCUCAAUUUCUUGCAAGGAGAAAGAUAAUAUUGACAUCACUUUACAAUGGCUUAUUGCCCAUUCCAAGUCUGGUGUUGUUCGUUAGUUGCAUGUUUUUCAUUUGUUUGGCAAUGUACAUUUUCAUUUAUGACUGAAAAGAACAAAGAACAAAGCCUAGUCCCUGGAAAUUUCACGCUAUGUGCCCAUCUGUCCAAAUUGAGAAAUUAGAUGAAAUCUCUCCAUACCCAUAGCCCAUUAAAAAUGAUAGUGAAGGAAUUAGAUGCAGUAAUUUCAUUCAGAGCUGCAGGUGUUUUGUUUCUGGGAUACACAUAGAAUUUAUAGAGUAAUUUGUCACAUUAGGCACACCAAAUUGUUUCCUGGCAUGACUAUUGCUCAUAAGUAACCUGAUACUUACAAUAACUUCUAAAAUGACUUAAUUAAUAUAGAAAUUAAAUUUGAAUAGCCCUUUAUCUUUAGUUAUAAUUUUUAGAGGAUGUCCCCAUUUACUGUUUCAUUUACAAGUGGAAAUAAAGUAUUCAAAUAUCUCAUGCGUCAAAAGUACAAUUUUUAACAAUUGUAAAAUUUAAUUUGUUUUAUGAAUAUAUCUUUGAUCUUGCUCUUGUCCCUCACCAGUUGUAAAAAAUUGCAUUAUGUCUUCUCAUCUGUUAACAUAUGAUACUGCAUCAUGGUCUUCUUAGGUUUUUGAACAUGGUUCAGUAUUCAAAAAAAAAUUAACAGAAACAAAAGACAAUUGCAGUGAGACAUAAACUCGCUCUUGUUGAUACAUUUCCUACUAGUGAAGAAUGAAAGUUAAUGCAUACCUUAGCACAUUGAAGAUGGGGGGGGGGAAAUGGUUCACACAAAUUUCCAGAUUAAAUAUACUGUGCCUCUGAUAGUGAGAGGAUCAAUGAGUAUUACAUUGCUGUAUAUUUUGAAUUGUGCAGUGAUUUAUACUGUAAAGGUGGUGUCCACUGAUCUUGCGUAAUGGAGACAUAUGUGGUUGCAAUCUAUUUGUAAUGGUUGUGUAGUAAGUAUCCACCUAUGGAUAUGCUUCUGAUUAUUGUGCUAAAUUUAUGUACUCAUUAUGGGUGAUUAUAAGAUAAGUAUCAGUUAAUAGUUUUUGUAUAUAUAUAUAUAUAUAAAAUAUAUAGUACUACUCUCUCUCUCUCCCAGAAUCAUAAAUUUGUGGCUCUGUUAUUUCAGAAAGCCAUUAUGUUUGGAGAACAUGUAUAUAUUUUAUUUUGAAAUGAAGUCAAAAUAUAUAAACCAUGACCUUUAGUGCAGGUCCAGUUUUGCUAGAAAUUGAUUUUGAAACUUUUUAGAUAAAUAAUCCAAACAGUAAUGUUAUGUUUGAUAUUCAGAAAAAUUAAAUAUUUUAGUUUGAGGAAUAUUUAAAUGAAAAUCAAAUGACUGGCAACAUUUAGUGAGAUACUGUUUGUUGAAAAGGUGUAUGAGAGUUUUAGGAAUGGGAGUAGAUGAAAUGCUUUUCGUAAGUUUCAGACAUAAGAGGAGUCCUACCAAUCUUGGCAAAACAUACAAGAGAAUUUGUGCUGUUGGGAUUGGAGGGAUCAGUAAUUUGUACUUGGAGCACAAAUCAACAUAAAUAUUUUGCUGGUCAUCCUGCAUUUUAGUGGCAGGAGCUUAAUAAAUGAAUAUGAAAUAUAAAUAUACUUUCUUGGAGUUAGGCUGCGGAAAAAAAAAAAAAUUGAAAGUAAAUUAAUAUAGCAUAUACAUUUUGUUAUUUGUUACCAAUUGUGAGAUUUAUUUUAAUUUUAUUUAUCUUUUCAUUAUCUCUGUAUAUUUUGAAGCAGAUUUGAAUGAAUUCUUUUUUAUAGUAUGUGUAUAUGUAUAUGAACAUUUGUGUAUAACAUUAUUUUAAAUGUAAUGCUGGUUUUAUAUCCUAUAUUAUUAGCUUGUUUUUAGGCAUGUAGCAAUUAAUUUGUCUGAAUAUAGAAAAAAAAUAUUGUAAAAUAUCAAUGCCACCUGUGUAACCAGUUUAGCUUUACUGAAUUAAAUGUUUUGUUUUUCUUUACAUUGUUCCAAAAAUCCUCCCAACAGCCACGUGUCACAAAGCUACACAAUGGUGAAAGCAUUGAAUGAAUGUGUGAAGCAUUUCUAUUUAUACAUUGAAAUGAAUGUAUCAUGUAAGUAAAAGGAAAAAUUAAGAGGGGGAAAUUAAAUAAUAAACAAAAUAAUUAUGAA